ACGCUUAACGUCUCCCUCAUAUGAGAAAGUUAAAAAACUUGUAGUUACGCUCUUAUGCGUAAUCGGAGAUUAAUGAUAAUCUUUGAGUUGUUUUGAAAAUUUCAUAUUUAUACGUGCAGAAGACAUCUACAAAAGGUACUACAACAAUCGGCUCGUGAAGUUUUGAACUAGCGAAAUAAGCAUUGUAACCACUUCUGGCUGAACGUUGAGGAUUAUUAAUAAGAUAAAACUGCAACAAUAAAUUUAUUGACAGUGUACACGAGUCAAUAGUAAUAUCUUGGAAUGUUUGUAAGUUGAAAUCGUCUGUCAUAUGUUUUCAGUUUGGCUGCAUAGAGCCGGCGUCGUUGUUAACCUUAGUGGAAACAGCGGCAAUUCGAGAUUGUUACAUUCAGAAAGUUUGGUAAAGUGUGCAUGUAAAAUGUAAAAAUGUGUGAUUUUUUCUACUAUUACAAGGAAUCAUGGCAGAAAUAAAAUCGCUGUUUGUGCGGGUGCAAUAAUUGUCUUUGGUAUACUGUUAGCUUCUACGGAUUUAAUUAAACAACAUAUUCGACACAACGUUUCAGAUCAUGUCUGGCAUCAAGGGCAGCCAAAGUAAUCUAUCAUCAUCUUCAGCUCUGUCAUCUUCCAUGCAGCAUGGAACAUCAUUAACUGGUGGUGGAAGCAGUCUAGAGCAUUUAAGUUGUGAUGAAAGUAAUACAUCAGCAAGAUCAGUAAGACAUGCCAAAAGAUGUCAUUUUUUCCGUAAUGCUGAUGUUUAUUUCAAAGGAGUAUCACUUGUUUUUCCUACAGAAAGGUAUAGGUCAUUUGAAAGUGUGUUUUCAGAAGUUACUCGUUCAUUAUCAAAGCAUGUAAACCUACCGACUGGAGUUAGAAAUUUAUACUCCUUAACUGGAAAGAAAAUCAUGUCACUUGAUGAUCUGGAGGAUGGGAAAAGCUAUGUUGCAGCAGGAUCAGGAGAACCAUUCAAACGACUGAAUUAUGUUGGUGUCAGGAGAGGUGCUCAUAAAACAAAGACAAAAAGUUUUCAAGCUAACGAAUCUUUGCCAGUGAAACAGCAUUUUCCUUCUUACAUUUAUCCUCGUGUUAUAACUGUAGUGAGAAAUGGUACAAGACCAAGAAAAAUUGUACGUCUUCUAAUUAACAAGAGGAAUGCACCUUCUUUUGAUCAUACAAUUACAGUUAUAACGGAGGCUGUGAGACUUGAUACAGGCCCUGUGUUGAGAGUGUAUGCAGCUGAUGGAUCUCAGGUCACAUCACAUGAAGACUUUUUUAAAACAGAAGAUUUGUUUUUUGCUUACGGAUUGGAGAGACCGAGUAAGAGAGAUUUUGAGUUAGAUUAUGAAGAGCGAAAGUGUAUUGAAAGCAUAAGGAGACACUCACGACGUGCUAAUAUUCACCUGAAAAGUGAGCACGAGCGGAGCAGCAGGAACAUGGGACAUGUAUGUGAAAUGCCAAACCCCAUUCGUCAGCCUCUAAUAAAAUCUAAGAAACGGAAACAGCCAUUAUCACACAAUACUGAAUCAGGACCAGUGUAUCCACCACUGAUUGAAUCUACAUAUGAGAUGGGACCGAUAAUUGGCGAAGGGAAUUUUGCCAUUGUUAUGCAGUGCCGAGAAAGGGCAACAGGCCAGGUGUAUGCACUGAAAGUUAUUGACAAAUCCAAAUGUGCAGGCAGAGAACACAUAAUUGAUAAUGAAGUAGCUGUUUUGCAUAAGCUAUAUCACCCGAACAUAAUCCAUCUCGUUACUGAAUUCUUCACUGAUUCAUUCUUAUACCUUAUCAUGGAAUAUGUUGAGGGAGGUGAUUUAUUUGAUUGCAUAACAGCUCAGAGAAAAUUCAGUGAAAAGGAAGCUAGCUUCUUGUUAAAAGAUCUUGCCAGUGCUUUACAUUAUAUCCAUUCAAUGAAUAUUGUUCAUAGAGAUAUAAAACCAGAAAAUUUAUUGGUGGCAACAAAUCCCAGGGGGGAAAAGGUACUGAAGUUGGGAGACUUUGGACUGGCAUGUCACGUUUCUGGACCAUUGUACACUGUUUGUGGGACACCAACAUAUGUAGCACCAGAAAUCCUUGAGGAAAAGGGCUAUGGAUUACAAAUUGAUGUUUGGGCAGCAGGAGUGAUAUUGUAUAUUCUGUUGUGUGGUUAUCCUCCAUUUGCGAGUCCUACAGGUGAUCAAGAAGAACUCUUUGACCGUAUACUGUCAGGAAACUAUGAAUUUAGUUCACCAUAUUGGGAUGAUGUAUCAGAGCUUGCAAAAGACUUAAUAUCUCAUAUGCUUCAAAUCCAGCCAGAAGUGAGAUUUUCAGCUGAAGAUGUAUUGGAUCACCAUUGGAUAAGAGUUGCACAACUAGAUGAAUGUGUUGAAGAACUUCAACUUGAUGAUGGUGUGGCUGGGGCUGUCAGUAGGGUAUUUGGAGAAUGUCAGGACAAGCAACUACAGGCAAUGACAAUUAUUACCUAUUGACCCUUGAAAUAGGCUUCUCAAUUAAACUAGCAAUAUUGCUUACAGACAGGAACACAACAUGGAAGAUAG